AUGUCUGGAAUAAUUGAGCGGGGUCUUCCCAACGCCGUUGUCUACGAUCUCACAAAGCCGAACCAAGUCACAGUCACGCUUCCAUCAAGAUCAACCUGGUCAAGCGGUCUUCACUGGCACGAAACUCACACAGAGUAUCUCAAGGUCAUCAAAGGCAGCAUCAAAGUCCGCCUAGGAGACACAGAGCAAGUCGUAACCGCGAGUAAAACGAACCAGCCCGAAAUCAAGGUUGAGCGAUACGCCUGGCACGAAUGGCAGCGAGCGCAACUUGAGGGAGAGGAAGUUGUGGUUAUCGAGAGAACAGACCCAGAGGACGGCGACAAGGCCUUGUUUUUCUGGAAUCUUAAUGGAAUCAUCCUGAAUGCGGGCAGGAUUAUCAGCACAAAUGUGCCGGGGUUUUCCUUCUUCCCUGCCACGAUAAAGGAUCUUAUCAUCGACUUUUGGAUCACAUUCAACCUCUUUAUUGUGUUUUAUUCUUUGGACAACUUCCCCGUCAUUUUGAGCACGACGAGAUUUUGGAAUGGGAAAGGAUCGCGCGCAAAGGCGGGUCUGUCGGCAGAUUGGUUUGUAUCUCACUUAUUGUUGUCACUUGCUUCUUGGGCAGGUCGGAUAUUUGGACUGCGGGCUGUAAGGCCAGAGUAUACACCUGCUCAGCAUUACCAGCGUUGGAAAUCGCAUCAUUAUCUCGAGAAGUCGAAAUAG